UUCCUGCUCUGUAGCUAGCUAGCUCUAUCCGCGUUGUCCGGCAGCGGCACCUAGAGGUUGGGACUUGGCAUUGCAUCUGAUUUAAUGAAAAAUCUGUGAAUAAGCCAUUGUUGUCAGUAACGACUGGUAUUCAGUCACAGCAUAUUUAGAGAAAAGACUUGGACUUAAAACUGAGGCAAAAUAGACGCUUAGCUGCUGAUCUACAGAGAACUUCUUGUAAUUAAACGAUUUCAAUUCAUAGCAAACUGGUGUUUUAAACUGUUGCAGUAGCUGGAACUUUUCAGUGUAACCAGCAUUUAUUGGAGAAGUGAGUCACAAAGAAAUAAAGAUGAGUAAAAGCAAAGAUGAUGCUCCUCACGAACUGGAGAGCCAGUUUAUCUUACGUCUGCCUCCAGAAUAUGCCUCUACUGUGAGAAGGGCAGUACAGUCUGGUCAUGUCAACCUCAAGGACAGACUGACAAUUGAGUUACACCCUGAUGGGCGUCAUGGAAUUGUCAGAGUGGACCGUGUUCCAUUGGCCUCAAAAUUGGUUGACCUACCUUGUGUUAUGGAAAGCUUGAAAACCAUUGAUAAGAAAACCUUUUACAAGACAGCUGAUAUCUCUCAGAUGCUUGUAGCCACAGUUGAUGGUGAUCUCUAUCCUCCAGUGGAGGAGCCAGUUGCUAGCGCUGAUCCUAAAGCUAGCAAGAAAAAGGAUAAGGACAAAGAGAAAAAGUUCAUCUGGAACCACGGAAUUACUCUGCCUCUAAAGAAUGUCAGGAAGAGAAGGUUCCGGAAGACAGCAAAGAAGAAGUAUAUUGAAUCUCCAGAUGUGGAGAAAGAAGUGAAACGAUUGCUGAGUACAGAUGCUGAAGCUGUUAGUACUCGGUGGGAAAUAAUUGCUGAAGAUGAAACAAAGGAGACAGAAAAUCAAGGCCUGGAUAUCUCUUCUCCAGGAAUGUCUGGUCACAGGCAGGGCCAUGACUCAUUAGAGCAUGAUGAGCUUCGAGAGAUAUUCAAUGACCUCAGCAGCAGCAGUGAGGAUGAAGAUGAGACCCAGCAUCAAGAUGAAGAAGAUAUAAACAUCAUUGACACUGAGGAAGAUCUGGAGAGACAGCUACAGGAGAAGUUAAAUGCAUCAGACGAACAGCACCAAAAGAAUGAAGGAACCAAUCAGCUGGUUAUGGGAAUUCAGAAGCAGAUUGACAACAUGAAAGGCAAGCUCCAAGAGACCCAGGACAGGGCAAAACGACAAGAGGAUCUCAUCAUGAAAGUGGAAAAUCUGGCUCUCAAGAACAGAUUUCAGGCUGUACUGGAUGAGCUCAAGCAAAAGGAAGAUCGAGAAAAGGAGCAACUCAGCUCUUUGCAAGAGGAGCUAGAAUCACUCCUAGAGAAGUAAAAAGAACUCUGCUACUGAAUUUCAGUCUUCAGACUGGUCAGCAGUAGAAAAUUCUUAGCUUUAUUACUUGUACUGCAUAUUAAGACCUUGCCCUUCCUAGUCCCUCUAAUGCUGGGUGUUCUGUUGAAUUCUUUUGUUUUUAAUUUUGUUUUUCUGCAAACUUACCUUGUUUUGCUAGUUGUUAAUCCUAUAAGAAAAAUUAUAUAGGCAGAAAAAUGAUUGUAGGAAAGUUGCAGUAUUAGUGUAAUGUAUGGUUCAACCUUAAUUAUAGUUUCACUGCAGGACUUUGCUGUUUAUCCAUUUUCCUAGAAGCUGGUGUUGCUGCUUUGUGAUGACAUGAGAUCAAUAAGAAAAACUUAGUCUAGAGACAGUGAAGCUGGUUUGUAUAUGUUUUCCCAUGCAAUAGCUGUUUUCCCAGUUAUUCAAAGCAGUUUCCCAUAUGUAGAACUGCAAAUUAUUUUAUAAAGUUUUCAAUACAAUAAAUAAAAGCGUCUGUUUUUCACCUUAUAA